GUAAAUAAAAGAUACAGUGAAGGAAAUCUGUGCUUGAAGUGUCUGCCACGGGGUGGAAUCCUGCUCCGUCUGACUUUCUGAUCUUAAGACAGUUGUUCUGAUCUUAAUACAUUUGUUUUCUUUUUGAGAAAUCACAGAAACACAAAAGAGAAGAGCUGCUCGGAGUUUGCUUUGCCAGCUUUCCACACAAGACCUUUCAGCAAAGCAAAAAGCGACCACACAGGAAGAAUCUCUAUGCAGAAUAUACAUCUAGAAAUACACCGGUGGAAAAAAGAAUAGUGCAUGCGCCAGGCACACAAAUCCGAAGUGAAGCUUAAAGGCUUGACUGCUUGGAUUCUCCAGAGUUCCAUUCAUGAACGCAAGCAAGAAAGUGGAUUUGAAAAUCAUUAUCGUUGGAGCUUUAGGUGUAGGCAAAACCUCUCUUCUCCUUCGAUAUGUUCACAAAACAUUUCACGAGGACUAUCAAACCACCCUAGGAGCCAGUGUCUUGUAUAAGAUGGUGAUGGUGGACAGCACCCCACUCAAGCUGCAGAUUUGGGACACUGGAGGACAGGAACGGUUCCGAUCCAUGGUAUCAACAUUUUAUAAAGGCUCAGACGGCUGUGUGCUGGCCUUUGAUGUCACGGACAGAGAUUCCUUUGAGUCCCUGAAUUACUGGAGGAAAGACUUUCUGCAGAAGGUGGUUCCUGCAGAGCAAAGCUUCCCCAUGGUUGUUCUGGGGAAUAAAAUUGAUUUAAAAGAACAAGAGGUAUCCAAGGAGGAAGCUUCAUUAUGGUGCUUGAAGAAGAACAUUGCCUAUUUUGAAGUUAGUGCCAAAGAUGAUAUCAAUGUAGUGCAAGCCUUUGAGACCUUAUCAAGGCAAGCACUCUCAAGGUACCGAGGGACCAUCGAGAGCUAUCUCACAGAUUCUAUUAAGCUUAUUCCUGAAGAUGAGCCCAGAAAGAAAUGCUGCUGACAUGUUGUUUGGAAAGAUGGAAUAUUUUCACUCAGGGAACAGCUACAGUUGUUGGACAUUCCCAUGCCUCUCAAGGAUGGACAAAUACUUACAUCAACCACAUCCCAGCAGAAGCAGAAAAAUCUGGAUUACAUUGGCCCAGCCCUCAUCCUUCCUGCUCCGGUUGCCUUCUCAUUCCCGUCUUUCAAAGUGCCUCCAUGAAAUGACCAGGUUAAUUUACCAGACUGAAGACUCUCUUUCUGAUCUCUGGUUAAUGCUGUUUCCCAUCUCUUCUUGUUGCAUGUUAACAAUUCAGGCAAAGUCUUGUUGAUUUCCACAUAGCUCAGCCUUUUGGUGCUUGAGUUGCCUACACAGUGCCUAACAGCACAACAUGAUAUGGCAUAAGUAGAACUCACAGUACCCUCCUUUGAAAAGAAUGUGAGUUGAUUUUGCAAUUCUGACAUAAAUGUUUGUUCAUCAUACAAAAACUUGUUUGUAACACUAGUGAGAGCCUGAAGUCACCAGUAUAGUUGCAGGUCUUUUAAAAUAAUCAUUAUUUGAAGAAUAGAGAGUUGCCUAGUUGCCAGAAUGCAAACCAAAGAAUUAAAAGUUUUUGGGUCCAGUUCCAGUGUCAAUUCAAGAAGACAUUGUAAAUUCAUUUAUUACAUUAAAGUCUGCAGUUUUUCCUGGUCCCAUUUUAUCAUGCACACACAAGAGAAGAGCAUUUCUGCCAUUCAUAUCUGUGAUGCAUCACAUUUCUACCACUAUUAGCAGAAAUAGUGUAAAUCACACCUCCUCAGAUGCAUGAUUAUUUGUGCAGUGGCAAGCAGCACACCUAAAAUCAAAAACAUGACAUGCAACAGGACAAAUGAUAGAGCACCUUCAGUUUCCUCAUUUGUACAAUGGGGACAAUUUCCACCUCUCAGGGGUAUUCUGCAAAGUACAAAGGCAAUAACAAAUGUUACAGAAGAUUUUUUGGAGAAAAUUAUUUCAAAUCUUAAGUCACUUCCAGAUAGCAGCAUUGCUCUGUUUUGCAUCUCACACUACAGUGUUUGUUUUUCUAUGCACAUAACAUAAUUCCCCAUUUCACUUAUAUGGUUUCCCCUGCUUUUCUCUGUUCUUUCUGAAACCUGCUUUGGCAUAAUCUUUGGGGCAAGAUUGUAGUCAAAGCAGGUUUGCCCACCAUGCGGGAAAGUAUGGAUUUUUAAAGCUCGCUGCCCACAUCAGUACCACUUCCCCUUCCACUGACCAUUAUCUCCACCCUGGGCCCCCAGCAGACUUUUUGCUGGCUGAAAAAAAUGGGAAUAGCUAUUGUGACAUAUUACCAAUGGCGGAUAGUGGGAGUGUGAAUGCUCCAUCACCGUCAUGAAUGCCUGUGCAUUCUCAGUGACAAGGAAUGCAGGAUGGUCACCGCAGUUCUAUCAUUUCACAGAUUUUGCAGAACAAAAAUUUUCACAAUGGCAUUCUUAUAAAGGUAUUACAACUGUGGUAUAAUGGAACAGCUUUAAAAGGGAAUAGAUAUGUAGUCUGUUGCAUUAUGGUAUAUCAUGUCUUAGACAGGGUAUUUGUUUUGUUUUGGGUUUUUUGCAAUGUUGUCCAGUUCUGUAGU